AUGGUGCGCUUUGCGUCAGUGUAUCGAAAUAACCGAUUGGCUGAGUGCCCUUUUUCGAUGGUCCUCCGAUUCAAAAGCAUCGUAAUAGCUGUUACGAGUCUUCCCUUUACGGGGCUUAUUUUGUGUACAUUGUCGUCUUUCUAUGUAUCUUUCGACGAAGUAACUGAGGCCAUUUGCGGGGUCUCUAAUUUCAUCCCAUCAAUCAGCGCCGUCACCGGCAUUGCUCCUCAGCUGUACUUUUGGAGAUUCGCUGUAGGACUCCAUAGUACUCCGCGCGUUCUUAUGGCCGUGAUCUAUCUCCGGUACCACAAGUUUUUUGUGGACCAUAUGCAUUAUCCCAACCUGUUUAAUUUUGUACUUAACGCUUCUUUUGUCCUAAAUAUGAUUGAUUUGGCGACAUUCGUGGGUGUUGCCUACGUGUCAAAUAGUGAGAAUUUCCCCAUACACGAGCGCCUGUUUGUAGUAUUCCUGUCUGCGUCUUCUCUAUACAUGCUUGUGACCAUAGCGAUUCACGAAAUACUCCGAUUCAGGAAGCUUCUUGGCUUCAGGAUGACCCAUUCUCUUAGAGUGAAGAAGAUAUUUUUCGGCCUAACUAUGUUCUUUCUAUCUUUUCUUGUGUACCACUUUUAUCAGCAUAGGUUCAGAUGCAAGCCUAACGCCUUCAGCUGGUUUUCGGCUUCAGAAUACGGAAUCGCAGUGGCCAAUAUGGGAUUUCAUAUGACAGCUGCUUAUGACUUUCAGGACCUAAUUUUCGUCACCUCGAUGCGAAAAAUCUCUUCAAAAUAA